AUUCAGAACUACAAUACCCAUAAGGCAUCACUAAACGUAGUCAAAAGUGUUGUUUCUUGGGUCAGUUAGCGAACUCUGUACGAGUAAGACAGUCUAUUUUCUAAUAUUUUACGAAAUAAUGCAUAUGUCAGGAACUAGCACUGGGGAGAUAGGUAACGGGCAGGGGCCCGGAGCAGGAUCAGUACCUGGCGGCUGCAAUCUUCGUAAAUUCAGCGAGAAAAUCGCCCUCCACACUCAGCGGCAAGCUAAAGACACAGCCGCUUUCCGAGAGGUUAUGAUGGACAUAACUUCCAUCAGGGUUGAGGCUGAGAGAGUUCGUCAAACCAGAGGCACGGUCCCAUACUAUGGAGGAUCGCUGCCAAAUGUCAACCAGAUUUCAAGAUGCUCCACAGAGACCCAGUUUCCCUACAACUCGGACCCAAUUUAUCUCACCCAGCAGCUCCUAGAGGCAGGUGAAGGGUACAGAGAAUUACAGCCCAGUCCUCUGGCCAGAUCACACAGGAGACAUUGCGAUAGUGCUCCCUAUCUCUCUUCCCACUUGUCCCCUCCUCGAGGUCCUACCUGGAGAAGCUCCAACAGAAAUUGGUCCAGUUGUUCCUCCACUGAGAAGAGCCAGAUGGUCCAUCUUCCUCUGACAACUCUAAAUAGAACCAACUCUGAUUCAGCCCUCCACACCAGUGUGCGAAACACCCUCUUGGAUGGCCGCCUGAAAUCUGCCCAAAUCCAGAACCCUCAUGCCAGACAUAGUGGGAUGUAUGCAUAUCCAGUGCCACUAAUUGAAGAAAAUAUACAAGAGGAGACAACAUCUCCCAAAAUAAAGAAGUUAUCCUUAAUGACAUCAUCAGGAUGUGAAACACCUGUUGUUCACAACUUCCCAUUGCCUGAACACCAGGUCUCUACCCUUGCAGUCCCAUCUGCCCUCAAUACCAGCGGCUCUCUUCCAGACCUGUCGAGCCUCCAUCUGCCUUCUCCGCUUUCUGUAGUCCAAGAUUCUGAGCACCAAAUCUUCUUUACCUCUCACAGUGGCACAGAUCACCUGAGUGGCACUUCCACAAACCCUGACAUUAUGGCUGACUUUAACUUACCAAGUCUGUCAUCAUCUCUUCAGGCAUCUUUAAGUAAUCCUUUACUCCAGUCUUCACUCAGCAGUCCCAACAUCCAAUCAUCUCUCAGCAGCCACUCCCUCCACAGCUCUCUGAGCUCCACUUCCUUACGCCUGUCACUUAGCAACUCCUCCCUGCAGUCAUCGCCCAGCAACCAGUCCCUGCAGUCCUCCCUUAGUAGCUCUUCUCUAAGUAACCAGUCUGUCCAAUCAUCAGCCAGCCAAUGUAGUUACAGCAGCGGAAUUGGCGUAUCCCGCUCUUGCUCCUCCUCCUCUCUCUCUGGUUCACCUCGUGUAACUGGCCAUGCCCAUGCCACCCCAUCACGGAAGAGAGCCCAGCUCAGCCCACUUAUUGUACCCGGUGGUGGAGAGUCCCGCUGGCAACAUCCAAAGCAGUUUUCACCCACAGUGUCACCAAUCUUGUCUUCUAUAACCCAGGGUCCACUCUUCAACUCUAACAAAGUUUUGAAGGAGACAAAACCACCAGCAUAUCCCUGCAGUCAGCACCUGAAAACUGCUCCACCAAUGUCCCAUCAGCCAAUUCGGACGCAUUUUCAGCCAGAGGCACAGCAUCAAUCCAUCCCUGAGAUGGAACAGUGGAGUCAUGAUCAUACAAACUCUCAGCUUGAACACCAGCCACAACAAUCACAACAUCAAACACAUAGUCAGACACAACAACACCCGUUUAAUUCACAGCACCACAAUUACAAACAGAGUCGGCAACAUCAUUCACAACCACAGACUAAAUAUCAACAGCAGCUGCAACAUUUUGCUCAGCAACAGUCACUACGACAACACACCAUACAGCAACCACUUACCCAGCAACAACAACAUCAACUGUACACACAAGCAAAUCAACAGUUCCAGCUUCAUCAGUUAUACAAAGAGCAGUACCAGUGCCCAAGCCAGUGGCCUUUGCCAUGCCAACAGGGCCAAUACCAAGGUCAACAUUCUCAACAGCAACUUCAGCCUACAUCUUUGCCCACUCAAAGUCAGGAAAAAAGCUGGAAUCGAAUGACAGGUCCACAUGGCUACCCAAACACACAAGUGAAAGGCCCUCAAAGAGCCUGUAUGCAGAUGCAGGAGGAGCCAAAUCCACAGUCUAAGGUUAAUUUUAACAAGACUCAAGCAGAGAGAUCAAGGAUAUCAGGUUUUGGGGAAAGGGAAAUCAUUGCAGCAAGUUCAAGCUCGAAAGAUAAGAGUUUCCAAUUGAACAAGGAAACAUAUGUUGGUUUACACCUGACCCCUAGCCAGGCAAAGGUCCUCUCCCAGCAGCUUGAAGGGCUUCAAAAGGAACCUCUAGGAGGCAGUAGAUUGUCAGAUCUUAAUUGUCAAGAAGCAGAAAGCAAGAGUAUACUACCACAGCAUAACCAAAGUUACAGUGCUGGAGAAACACAAAAUAUUUUCAACAUCAGCUUAUCAGAGCAAUCAACCUGGCUGGACCAGGAUAUAUCAGGCCUGUCCGACUCGGUCCUGGAGUUUGAUCUUGAAAACUUUGGCCUGGACAGUGAGGGUCUUCCUUCUCUGGAAGACUUGAGCUAUUCACAAUAAUAACUUAGCUAUGCAGUUGUCUUAAAUAAGUGCACAAAAAUUGACAUAUUAAGGAAGAUUACUUUUAAAGUAAGGUCAGUAUUGACAGUGAACUUGGAAAUUGACAAUGAACAAAUAGAAUGUAAAUCAUUAAUUGGCUUAAAGGUCCUUUAAGGUAACAAACCUAAAAAAGACUAAGAAGAAUACAAAAAGGGUUUAUUCUUUGCACACAGUGGUCAGAGUAGCUCUA